UUGUAGGAGUAGAAGGCCAUUGGCUCUACUAGCGCCCAGUAGGCUGGCCGCAGCGGCCGAUGAAGAGCAAGUAGCAGGUUAAAAACUCCAAUAGAAAGGGAGAAAACCUUUCGUUUGAGAGAUAUAAUGUUGGUGAAUUUGGCCUUCUUUCGGAUUGAGAGUAUCUCCCUGACGUGCGUAUCUGAAGCCAGGAGAACGUCUUGUCCGCAAAUGACACCUCAGAACCAACUCUGCAACCCUCACUCUCCGAUCAACCAACUUCAAAUUGCUCCCAUGGUAGACGAUCACAUUUCCUGGGCUUACUCCAACACUUACACCCAUACUUCCACUGCAACUCAUCUUCCCCCAACAAUCGCUUGAGAAGGUUCCAAGCAAAAGCACACAAACGACAAAACACGCACUAUUUGUAUAUACCGAACUCCCAUAGCGUUUCUUGCAUGCAACACCUGCCAAAAAAACACAAUAGCGGCGAGGAAGUCUGAGUCCGGCAGUUGCAGCGGCGACUUUAGUGUUCUGACUUCCGAUUUGUUGAGACACGAAGGAGACGAAAAGCAGAGUUACGGAGGAGGGGGGAGGAAUAGAGAGAGUGCCUUAACAGUUAAACUUGAUUCGAUGCUGUUCUCAGAUAAGCAUGUUCCUGCGGUUGAUUCCGAAGGAAUCCGAAGGGCUAUCAGAUAGGAAUCCAAGCGACACCUGGCCACUUCCGUUUCUAGAACAAGGCGGUCUCCAGGGGAAAAAAAUUAUUAUGUGAGUUGCUGGUUUUGACUUUGGAAGGAACGAGAAGUAUAACAGAUGCUAUCGAGCUAAAUCGACAGUUGGGUAGGAAUACUCCACAGUUGUCUGGUGUAAUCAGAUACCCCGCGCCACGUUCUCUUUCUGAAGCAUUCUCCAACUUUCUAAUACUAAAACUAAUCCACAAGGUUGCCGGCCACAGAAACUGGUCUUAGAGUAAGGGUAUUGGGUUCUCUAAUCUUUGCAGGUUAAUCGCAAUGGAGAAGGGAAGAGUGUGUGUGACAGGCGCAGGAGGGUUUGUGGGUUCGUGGCUUGUGAAGCUUCUUCUUUCCAGGGGCUACAGAGUCCAUGGAACCGUUAGAGAGCCAGGGGAUCUGAAGAAUGCUCAUUUGAAGAAACUGGACAAUGCCUUGGAGAACCUGCAGCUCUUCAAGGCAGAUUUGCUGGACUACAGCUCUCUCCCCACAGCUAUUGCAGGAUGCAUUGGAUUAUUUCAUACUGCAAGCCCUGUCCCUUCAGGAAUGGUCUUGAAUCCUGAGGUAGAACUUAUUGAACCUGCUGUUACUGGCACACUUAACGUACUCAAGGCAUGUUCUGAAACAAAAGUGAAAAGAGUGGUGAUUGUGUCAUCCAUAGCUGCUGUUUUAAUGAAUCCAAAUUGGCCGAAGAAUCAAGUCAUGGAUGAUACAUGCUGGUCUGAUAAGGAAUACUGCAGGGAAACCAAGAAUUACUAUUGCCUUUCCAAAACUUUAGCAGAAAGUGAGGCUUGGGAAUAUGCAAAGAGAAGUGGGCUUGAUGUAGUAACCAUUUUGCCAACUCUGGUUAUUGGCCCAAUGCUGCAGGCUACACUGAAUGCUAGUAGCCGGGUUAUUCUCAGGCUUUUGAAAGAAGGAUGUGAGUCUGCGGAAAACAAACUCCUGAAGAUCGUCGAUGUCCGCGAUGUAGCUGAGGCACUGCUGCUGGUAUAUGAGAAGCUUGAAGUGGAAGGGAGAUACAUAUGUACAGCACACAUGAUCAAAACAAAGGACUUAGUGGACAAACUGAGGAGCUUGAAUCCUAACUACAACUAUCCAAAGAAUUUUACCGAGGUAGAUGAAGGUCCUAAGAUGAGUUCGGAGAAAUUGCAGCGGUUGGGGUGGAAAUUCAGGCCAUUAGAAGAGACUCUAGUUGAUGCUGUUAAAAGCUAUCAGGAGGCUGGUCUCUUGGAUUAACCGAUUUGAGUUUCUUCUGUUUCAUUGACUGUUACUAAGAUCCUGUUUGUUUCCUAGUAUAGUUUUUAUUUUCUGCAAAUAAUAUUUUACUUGUGGCAUUUUGCUA